AUGGCUGUAGCAAUUGCAAGCGCAGGAGGUGUGACGAGCAACGACCAAAUUGCACCACCUGUACCCAGCGAGGGGAAGGAUGUGUCUACACCUCGGAGGUUCCCUAUUUCUUCGCCGACAAGCGAUCGCGAAAUCCCUCGCGCAGUGGACAGUCUCCAACCACAGAUAGGGUCGGCACCGAUUUCCACUGGUCCUGUGUUGAAUAUGGAAGAGUUAGAACUUGAGCUGCAGUGGAUCAUGCAAACCCACAAGCUUCUUGCUCGAAACGAGGAAACCCGAAAGGUGUGGGAAAUUUUGGUUUUGCAAGAGGCUUUACAGGAACCUUUCCUUAUGCACGGCAUCUUGGGCCUAUCCGCUCUACAUUUGUCGCAUCUUCGCGCAGACACAAGCCAAGCGAAGUGGCUGAGUAUCGCGAUGUCACACAAGAAUGUGGCCCUCUCCAUGUUCUCGGAGCAACUGUCCAAUAUCGAUAGAUCUAAUAUCAAAGCAAUGAUGAGCUUUGCCGGUCUUGUCGUGGCAUUCGGCUUAGGAAGUGCACUUACUUCCGGUUCUCCCGAAGGCCCGAGCCUCAAUUCCUUGAUUGAAAUCUUCACCCUCUCCCGCGGAGUCCAAGCAGUCGUUAGUAGGGAGCCUGAAUUUCUCAUGCAGAGCAAUUUUGCUCCGCUUUUUGACGUGACUCCACCGAACGUUUCCUGGCCCGAUCAUAUCCUUGUUGCGUUUGAUCGUCUCGAAAGACUGAACGUACAAUGUGGUCAGCAAUUUGCUCAUCAUGACACUAACGUCUAUGAGCGGGUCAUCAAAUAUUCGCGGGAACUGGCAGCCUUCACAUUGCUACAGCCUACAUCCAUGACUUUUGCUGGUGGGUUUGCUAUUCGAGCUCCUGAGGUCUAUCUUAGCGAUCUCACAAGCAGGCAACUAUAUUCUCUAGUUGUGCUGGCUCAUUACUGUGGCUUCUUACACAUGGCCCGGGAGAAUUGGUGUGUGGGAACUUGGGGACGUGUCGUUUUGGGAGAAAUUCAGCAAUUACUUCCCUCAGAUUGGCAACGCCAUAUUGAAUGGCCUGUUAAACAAGUUUGGGAGUAG